AUAACCGGGGAUUGGAACUCCUUAACAUUCAACGUUCUGACUUCUAGAACCUCGAAUCACCCAUGUUAGAAGACACCGACACGAGUGGACCUCGUCCUGUCUCUUGUAAACGCGCUCCCUCGGCACUUUUCCACUUUGUGCUUGACUGAAACAAAAGUUUGAGGUGCUUUAGACGUAUGCUCUUAGAUAUUCACUAGAACUUCCACUCACUUUUCUCCCGAGAUUGAAACCACCUCACUCGUUCUAUGCACCAGUCAGAAAGUCCAGUAGCUCGGCAGUACCUCUCUCUGGGCUUGAUUACAGGAAAGAUUACAGGAAGAAGGCUGGCUGUCGACUGACGACUGACGACUGACUAAGACCUCCAUACGAGGAACUCUACAUCCGGAAUCGUUCACAUAGGCAAGGUGAACAAAAAGCGGAGUCGAAGGUACGCUCGAGAUCAUUGUUUACGGGAUAACAAGCAAGCUUGACAUCAUUGGCAAGCAGACGUAAGUUCUUUACCAUGUCAAAUGAGGUUGGUGUUCGUCAGUGAGCUCGUUGCGCUUGUUCAAUGUUUUGAGUUAAUUAAUGCUCGAGGCUGAGAGACCCGCUGAGAUACGGGCUGCAUGAUACUGGCAGGGAAUUUUUUUUAAUAGGAAAAAUCACCUAAGGCCAGAAGACUGGAGAGAUAUGACAUGCUAUUCUCAUGCCAGUUUUGAUUAUCGAUCGUCGUGAGAAAUCCGAUUUUCCUCCCGUAGAUUGCCCAAAUGGUCCACCUUGACCGGUGACAGCAUUAUUUUAGGCCUGCACAGCCUGACAUGCUUGAGAACAACACGUAUGAGCUUACACACAAGUCUUAGAUCAGUAAUCUGCUUUUGCUUUGUCCACUCAGCUUUUCCCAUUGUUCGGCGAGUGUGCAACCAUUCGUCGCUCCAUUCCAUUUGGUUGCCUCGAAAAGAGCUUUCUGACAGGCGCGCUCUUUCUUGGUUUUCCUCCGAUACGUUUGAAACCCAAAGUUGCAGAAACGCGUGCUCUGAGAUGCUCAAAAUCAGGUGAAGAAAUCUGAAAACGUGCAGACCUUCAUUCUUAGACUACCCAAUGGCAACGAGUUUUGCUUCCCGAAAGACCUGCCCGGCUCUGAACGCAUGGUUUAAGCAAAUAGCAAAUUCCACUGACUCGUGUCGGAGCUUGAGGUACUUUUUCACCUUGCUCUCUGUGAGGUCUCUCAACCGUUACAAAAUCUCCUCUGGCGUCGAUGAUUGGAGUCCACCUAACAAUAGCUGGUUCUUUAAUUUUAUUAGCAGCUGCUUGUACGGUGAGGCAAGAAAAACGUGCAGUCUCGCAGCUCAUGACCAAGUAGAUAAAAUAUUAUGUAAGCAACUGGAGAAUUCAUCAGUUCUUAUGUACUUAACAACGAGUUUCGAGCAAGCAGUUUGCAGAUAAGCUCCCCUCGUUUACGCGGUGAGUUCGUCAAAGCCUGCAGCCGAAGCAAGUUUGUGCUAUUAAGCUUCAGAUACAUGUAACAUGAUUGUUUUCUUAAUGACAAUAAUCUGAGGACAGCAGCGUGCUUUUUAAGAACCACGCGACACAGAAGGAUGCAACCGGGGGAUUGAGGUGACAGUUCGGGUUACGUUGACAUGGAGAUAUUUUUGAAACAGUAAACAAAGAUUGCUGUUUCAGGCAAUCAUGGAUUUCAAGUGCUGUGUAUCCAAGCGUCGAGCUCAUUUGCUUUUAGUGCCUCUGGAUUCCCAAAGUCAUUUUCCUACAUUCCGUCAGUUGUUGUACUACCUGGCUGACAAAAGGUACAAUGGUGUUAUAGUGACAGUUAUAACCACCCAGCAGCGUGUGCAAGAGCUCUCAAAACUGCGGAGCAGAGGUGACUUCAAUGGGUUGGAUUUGCGGCUUCAGGAGGUUUUUGGGAAAUCCCGUAUUGCCCCAAAUGUUAUAACCAAGGUUUCAGCUUACUGUGAACAACGGAAGCAGGAAUUCAAGACUUACCAGGAAAAGUUGGUGCAGUCCAAGAAUGACGCGGAGUCACCUUCUUGUAUAAUUUCUGACAUGUUCCUAUGCUGGCUUCAGGAAACAGCGGAGAAAUUGGAGAUCCCCUGGUACCCUGUAAUUGCGACAGCUUCCUGGUAUACUUUGAGCUGCAUGAAAGGACCGGAUAUGAAAAGGGAAGGAUUCUUUCAACUAAACACAUCAGAGAAAAUAAAUCUUGCAGUUCCUGGUCUUGAAUUUUCUCGAAGUUCAGACUUUCCUUCGGACGUGUUGGAACUUGAAGAUUUUUUUACGUGCCAUUCACAAAGGUUAGCAAAGGCAUGUGCUAUUCUGGUAAACACAGCGGAAGAACUCGAUGCACCGACUGGAGGGCUGAACGGUCUUCGACUCCAAGUUGAGAAGAUGGCCAUGGCCAUGGCGGGGCAUCGGCAGGUGCCAAGAGUCUUUGCUGUAGGUCCAAUGGUGAGCAUUCCAGGAUUUUCGAGCGUGCCGCAGUCUAAAUUAACGCCACUGCAAGGUUUCAAUGAUCACACAUUUGAGUGCCUGCAAUGGCUGGACAAGCAACCUACCUCUUCAGUUCUAUACAUUGCAUUCGGGAGCGUUAUAGAAAUUAGUUCCGAGGAAACGGUGGAGCUAGCGUACGCCUUGGAGAUCACCAACGUUAAGUUCUUAUGGGUUCUCAAGGCCUCUUCGUCAACUCCUCUCUCAAAGUUGCUUCCUCCAGGUUUUGAAGCCCGAACGAAGAAAAGAGGUUUUACUACAAGCUGGGCCCCGCAGACUCAGAUCCUGAUGCACGCGUCCAUCGCUGGUUUUAUGACUCAUUGCGGUUGGAACUCAAUCCUAGAGGGGCUUUGCUCUGGAGUUUCCUUCAUCGCUUGGCCUCUAGCGAACGAUGAGCAACAAAAUGCCCGGUUUUUAGUGGACGUGGUGAAGGUAGGGCUGGAGAUAAAAAAUGCAGGAGAAGAUAACAGUCAAAUUAAAAGACAAGAACUGGGAAGGGUUAUUCAGCUACUUAUGUACGAAAAAGAAGGACAGGAGGCGAAGAGGAACUCUCUUCGGAUGAAAAAGUUGGUUGAAGCAGCUGUGCGAGAUGGUGGAUCAUCCUAUCAAGCUCUCCACUCAUUUCUCUAUGAAAUCACCGUUGGAAAGUGAAGCUUCUCGAUCACAUGUAAGACAUGCACAGAGUCUGACAAUUGCCUACGUUUAAACUGUCGGAACACUAUACAUACGGCAUCCAUGGCGUUUUCAAAUCACUAAUCUAUCUGAAUUUCAGACUACAAGACCAUGGACUUACACUUCUUGUCAUUAGAUUUUAUUGGCAGUACCAUAUAUAGUUCAUCAGUCAGGGUACUAAGUGCAAUGACAACCAUUUUUAUGACGGUUUGUAACACCAGUAUCUUGAGGCUACUUUUCAUUCAACCUUAUACUGUCAUGCAUAUGUUUCAGCAUAUAAAUCUUCGAGGAAA